AUGACUCUCAAGAAGGAGGAAAUGAAGUUCGUGCGUCACCAGCAGGUCAGCCAGCUUUUCCAUAACAAGUUCAUUGUGGUGUUGGGAGACUCCAUUCAGCGCUCUGUCUACAAAGACCUUGUCUUGCUUUUACAGAAAGAUGAAUACCUCCACCAAGCACAACUUAAAAGAAAGUACAUGAAGAGCAUCAUGGAGGACUUCUGCCAUGGGUUGAAACCAGAUUUGGUCAUCGUCAACUCCUGCGUUUGGGACAUUUCAAGGUACAAUUCAAAAUGGGAGGCCGGGUACAAGGACAACCUCCUAAAGUUUUUUGAAGAACUGCUUUGCAUCCUGCCAGAAGAAAGCUUGGUCAUCUGGAACCUCACCAUGCCCCUUGGAGAGCGCAUCAAAGGGGGGUUCCUGGUUCCUGAGAUCUCGCACAAGGCGGCUCAUCUACGCCACGAUGUGAUCGAAGCCAAUUUCUACAGCGGACUCCUGGCUCAAGACUGCAAGUUGGACGUGCUGGACCUCCACUUCCACUUCCGCCACUCUCUCCGGCAUCGCGCCGCCGACGGCGUCCACUGGAACGCCCUGGCCCACCGCCGAAUAAGCACCCUGCUGGUGCUACACGCCGCAGACGCCUGGGGCGUGGACCUGCCGCUCAACUCUCUCGCGGACGUUUCCGUUGCCCAUCUACUGCCAGGCUUGGAAAGUGAGCGGCGCGUCGUGAGGCCGCCGAGAAUCAACUGGUCGCCUCGUCCCCCCCUCGGUGACUUUAACAACUUUUACGCGGACCCUUCGGCGUACGCCCUCCAUUAUGCCGUUGACUACGCACCUUACUCUCAUCAUGGCUGGCCCCCGGCAUAUUACGACGAGCCGUUGGUGAUGAGGACCAGGCGCGCCAGGUACCAGUACAUGCCUUACACCCAUCACAGGCCUCAUCAGCACUACUAG